AAGCAGCCGACAGGCUCCUCCCCGGCUCCCCGCGGCGCUGCACGCCGGACAGCGGACGCCAUGCAGUCGGAUGAUGUUAUCUGGGAUACACUAGGAAACAAGCAAUUUUGUUCCUUCAAAAUAAGAACCAAGACUCAGAGCUUUUGCAGAAAUGAAUACAACCUGACUGGACUAUGUAAUCGGUCAUCCUGUCCCCUGGCAAAUAGUCAGUAUGCCACUGUCAAAGAAGAGAAAGGACAGUGCUACUUGUAUAUGAAGGUUAUAGAACGAGCAGCUUUUCCUAGGCGUCUCUGGGAACGGGUCCGGCUUAAUAAAAACUAUGAGAAAGCACUGGAGCAAAUAGAUGAAAAUCUAAUUUACUGGCCCCGUUACAUUCGACAUAAAUGCAAGCAGAGAUUCACCAAGAUCACCCAGUACCUAAUUCGAAUUAGAAAACUUACACUAAAGCGACAGAAGAAACUUGUUCCUUUGAGUAAGAAGGUGGAGCGUAGGGAAAAAAGAAGAGAGGAAAAGGCAUUAAUAGCUGCUCAGCUGGACAAUGCCAUUGAGAAGGAAUUACUGGAGAGACUGAAACAAGAUACGUAUGGCGACAUCUACAACUUCCCCAUCCAUGCCUUCGACAAAGCCUUGGAACAACAGGAGGCAGAGAGUGACUCUUCAGAUGUUGAAGAAAAAGACGACGAAGAAGAUGAUGAAGAUGUGGGAAAAAGAGAAUUUGUGGAAGAUGAUGAGGUGGAUGAGAGUGACAUAAGUGAUUUUGAGGAUAUGGAUAAACUGGAUGCCAGCAGUGAGGAAGAUCAGGACGAUAAAUCAUCCAAUGAGGAGGAAGAAGAAAAGGCCCUUAAUGUGAAACACAAAGGCAAAACACCCUUGAAAGGACCAUUGCAGAGAAAACGAGCCUAUGUAGAGAUAGAGUACGAGCAGGAAACAGAGCCCAUGGCCAAGGCCAAAACCACGUGAUUUCCCUUCAGACAAAAUCGGACUGAACAUUUGGAACUUCUUUUUUUAUCUUAACCAUGUACACACCUCCAGUUUUUGCUCUUUCAUGUUGUAUGCAACACAAUAUUUAUGUUUUUAAUAUUUAUACGACUUCAGUGGGGCAAGAAAUCUGGAAUGGGUAGAAGGAAGCCUUAAUUUGUGAACAGAGUAUUUUUAUAGCAUAUAUGUUGAAGUAACAGCUUGAGCCCAAGAAGCUUAACAGAUGAGUUCUUGAAGCUGGGAUGAGAUUGUGGGUGUAAAUAUUUCUAAAUUUUAAAUGCUAAAUUCCUUGGUGUGCUUUUUUUCUCCCAAACUUUAUUUAGAAAUGGUGGAACUUCAAUUUUUUCUUGUUCUUUCCCUCCUCCUAUGGAGGUAAAAGGAAAGAAAAAAGGAAAAAGAAGCUCUACUUACAAUGUUUAGUGUGAAAAUACAUUUUCCUUAAAUAAUUUCAGUCAUACAAUCUGGGACAGAAAGAAAAUCCUUUCCUCUUGGGACAGUAAUACAAAUCUUAAAUUGCAUCGUAGGGAGCGCCUUCAGAAACCUGCUGCACUUUUCUCAUACAGUUCACCACCUUACUGUCUUCACAGCUUUGGAGGAUUUUGGCCAGGAGACUCUGAAACAUGAAAGCAAACAGGUUUUGAUAUAUUUCCCCCCCACCUUUUAAGCCUUGUUUCUUUUUUUCUUGGUAUUAUACUCAAAGAAGGAAGGAAUUGAUAAUACUGGGGUACAGUUCACCAAACAUUCAGAACAGGUAUUGCUGUAGAAACUGGUAAUGUGCUUGCAGAUGUCCUGCAGGCUCAUAAAGCAGCAGCUUAAUUCCAACCAAGGCAAAUUAGGUAGAUGUAGUGCUUGGGGACUGCGCAAUAUUAAAAGCCUAAAAUGAAAUAAUUUGAAUAAACUGACAAAACAACAAACGAUACUAUCUAAAUAUUUUUAGGAUACAAAUUUCUUUCAUGCUGCCUUCAGUCUUUCAAAUUAAGAUUUCUAAAUGGGGUAAGAAAAGAGGCAGUAGUUUUAUCAAAUACAUAUAAAACACAUAUAGCUAUUAUACACUGUGGCUUUGAGGAAUUAACUUCUGUGGAAUAUGGAACCAAAGAAAGAAUUCCUAUGUGGAUAGAUAAGAAUGUGGAAAAACAUCUACCUAAGAGAUACUUAUCCCUGAAAAACUGGAAGCAUUUCUGGUGUCUGAAUUACUCUACAUAUAAUGCUCCGUGAGGCUUAUUGCCUAUUAUUUAAUUUUUUUAAUUCAGAAGACUAGAACAGAACUUAAAUUUUACACUUUGUCAUGAUGCCUUUCGCAUUCUCUCUUGUCCUUUUGGUCUAAACCGUUCUAAAUAACUUUAAAAGAAGAAUUAGCUAUUGAUCAAACUCUAUUGAAGGCUAGAGGGCUCAGAAGUAGAGACUUAAAACUCUCCAUGUUCAUUUUCAGACUUGGUCCAGCACAUAAAAUAGUUAAUUAUAAUUAAUCAUAGGAAAUACUUAACGAUAAUGAGGUCCAAUUGAAACUGAGUUGCAGACUCUGCCUUACCUUCACCUGUCCUUGAGAACAGUGGUCCAGGACAAUCAGGCAGUCUGUGGCCUCCUGUAGCAGGGCACUCUUAACAGGCUCAGGUGUAAGGUUCGGAUCCCUUGCUACAUCACAUAUCAGUUUCAAGAGAGCCUUCAGUAAGACCACAAGUCUGCAGGAAACUCUGGAAUCAAGAAGAAAAACUAUGUUUAUAUUCUCAAUCAGGAUAUUAAAAUUGGAAGAGACUUCAAAGGCUGUCUAGAGGAAAGCCCUCAUUUCAUUAAAUGAAAAGAACCAGAGACCACACUUCAUAUUUGUUAACCUCAAGUCUCCUGUUAUUUCUAUAGCAUUCUGCAUGUGUACACACACACACCUGCCCAAGAAUGCCUUGCUUCCUUCCAGAAACUUGGUUCUACAGUAAGGAAACAGCCUCAUCAUGGGCUGAGAAGGGGGAUCUCCCCUUACCAAGGGCCUGUACUUUUGGCCAGAGAACAGGAGAGAACCCAAGAUCCUUUAGAUCUUACGCCAUCUUAGGCCUGCAAGUUAAAAAUGUAGAUAAAAAAUAAGCUUGGCUUCUGGGACUUAAGUGUCAAUUUGAAUUUCCUGUCAUUUAGUUUCGGAUCUCAUCUUACCAUCGUUUAAGUCCAGGGUAUUUACUUCUAAAUAUUAACCUUUCUAAAAGUUUUCAACCCCUUGAUAAAAAAGUUUUGGAAAAGGGCCAGCCCGUGGCUCACUUGGGAGAGCGUGAUGCUGACAACACCAAGUCAAGGGUUAAGAUCCCCUUACCAGUCAUCUUUAAAAAAAAAAAAAAAAAAAAAAUUUGGAAAUGGAUAGUAGAGACAGCUGCACAACACUGUGAUUGUACUUAUACCACUGAAUUGUACACUUUAAACUGGUAAGUUUUAUGUAUUUUUUACCACAAUUAAAAAAACCCUAAAACUUAAUGAAAGCUGGAAAAUAACUUGUAAUGUGAAAAUAUGCACAAUAAACCAUAUGUCUGGACAGAAAAGUUUUCAUCUGAAAAAUAUUCAGCAUUUUCCUAAGAUUUGUUUACCUCUUAGCCCUCCAUUUAUCAUUCAACUUACAGCCUGCUGUUUUCUCCACUUCCAUGCUCCAGCCCCUCACACACAGACCAAACAUAUUCCUUUAAGCUUCCUACAUUUUGUUCAUUUCUCCCUUGGAAUCUUGGUCUGUGCUCUUUAAAGGUUUAUCAUAUAAUCUGAUUCAAUUUCAUUCAUCCAUCCAUUUUAUUUCAGUCCAUUCAUUCUUCAAUAUUUGUGUACCUAAUACCUGGUGCUGCGUAUACUUUGGGAGAAUGUAACAGAUGCGGUCUUCCAUUCUGGAAUUUUUAGUUUGUUUGACAAACAAACAGUGAAGACAGUAAACAAAUGCAAUUUAGUUACAGAUGUGACCAAGGGAAAGACAGUCAUUGGGGAAACUGACUCUGCAUCCCUUGUAUAUUUAUAAGGAAGUGAGAGAUAACAUGUUGCAGAAUAGAUAUUACAUAUUGAGGCACCAGAUUCUCUAACUGAAUUAAACUUUCAGUUAAUUCACGGAAGAAAGCCUUUUGCUGACUCAAAAGUUUGAGUUCCAGUUUGGAUUUAUUCCUGACACCUACCCCAAGCCAGAUUUGGAAUGCCUUCUAAGCAAGCAUAUCCUAAAUUAGUACUCUGAUCACUGCAGAUGUUAUGAUAUGCUGUGAAAUACUCCAUUCUCAAUUACAUUAAGGAACAUGAGGAUGAACAAAAUGAAGCAUGUCUUUAUUACAGCACUUCUAAAUGCCCUUUAAUAUUCUAAUAUACAUUGUUAGCUGAGAGAGAUGUACAACCUGUAGGGUUUCCCAACUUAUUUGACCAUAGAAUUUCUUUUCCCCCAGGGACAUCAAAGAGUACCUCGGUAGGUUUUCUUCAGUACACCAAUCUAAGCAUUCUUAGGACAUCCUUGAGUUAAAAGAGAAGCGAUUUAAGUGUCAAAAUCUGGAACUGAUGCCUGAUGAAGAGUCCAAAUAUGAGCACCUUGAAGUAACUACAGGUAUAUUUUAUCUUUCCAAUGCCAUCUUCUCAGUUCAAAAUCCUAUAGGUGUGUGAAAAUGUAAGGUAUUCAAACACAUGGUACUAGGCUGGCCAGUUAGCUUACUUGGGACAGCACGGUGCUGGUAACACCAAGGUCACGUGUUUGGAUCCCUGUACCAGCCAGCUGCCAAAUAUAUGGCAUGUCCUUAAUACUUUGUACUGAAUGUACAUCUGGGCAAGUUCCAAAGAGAAAAUCGGCUGAGGUUUUGCCCAUUUUAGCACACCUAUCUGCUUGGCUGCUAUACCUGGGCCAAGUAUGCUGCAUGAGAAGUUUUAAGGUUUCCAAUAUCUUCAAUCUAGCCUCCUCCUCUGGUCCAUCAUAAACCUCCAGAUAGCCAAGGAUGACUCGUUCCAGCCUCUUCCAGUGCCGGACAGUUAGGAUCCCCAAUCUGAAAACAAAAGAGGAAAUGUUAAGACAGAAAGUUGAUGUUGGGGAGUAUGGCCGGACCAGCAGCCCAAGGACUGACUCACCUCUUCACAAAAGCUGGUAGGUUUCUCGCAUAGGUCCUGCGUAAGAGAAGCCGGUGCUCUGGCUCCAUGUGGGUCAGGAUCAGCUGCAGUACCUCAUCACAGUGUGUGGUGGGUCGAGCUGCAUCCCCCUUCCAGUGCAGGGCUUUCUCCAAGACAGGGAAUAAAUCCAGCAGACACAGCAGCACAGCCUAGGAGGAAGGAAUGGAAAGAAACUGUAUAUAGUUCAUCUAUUUGCAUUCACAACACUCACUGAUUUUUCUAGGAACUUCAUUCAGCUACUGCCCUUGGGGUCCUUGUUAUACAAUUCUAAAAGACACAACUAAUAAAUACAAUAAGUGCAUAUCACUUUAUAUUUUCAAACUCUUUUUGCAUUCUUUAUCUCCAUCUGACAGUCUCAAUACUUUCUCCUUAGGACUGUUCUUUGCUAAUUAGUUUUUGUUUUGUUUUGUUUUUGUUUUUUAAAGAUGUCCAGUAAGGGGAUCUUAACCCUUGACUUGGUGUUGUCACACCACACUCUCCCAAGUGAGCUAACCGGCCAUCCCUAUAUAGGGAUCCGAACGCGUCACCUUGGUGUUAUCAGCAGCACCACCCUCUCCCAAGUGAGCCACACGCCAGCCUUCUUUGCUAAUUUGUAAAAUGGGAGGAAUGGCAAAGCUGGGACUUACCCAGAUUUUAGGAAUCUGGAUAAGUCUAUUGUCACUAAGUCUAACUGACUUAGUGAUACAUGAUAUUUACAUGUACUUUCAAUAAAACUGGUCCAAAAUCUAAUCUAAGAUGGUCUAAAACACUAUUUUAAACAAAUUUUAUCACCCUAUCUGAAGUUUUAGUGUCUGGGCAUUCCUUUUUAGCUCUCCUGGUAUCUUUGGUUUUUCUCUUAGUGUUUUGGGUUUUUAAAAAUCUUUCUCUACCACCUUAAGAGCCUGCUAUGGUUUGAAUGUGUCCCCCAAAGCUCAUGUGCAGGAAACUUAAUCCCCAAUGCAACAGUGUUAAGAGGUGGAAACUUUAAGAGGUGAUUAGGUCAUGAGGGCUCUGCCCUUGUUAAUGGAUUGAUGCCUUUAUCACAGGAGUGGGUUCAUUAUCAUGGGAAGUGGGUUCCUGAUAAAAGGAUGAGUUCGGCUCCCUUUCCUCAUUGUCUCUUGCUCCCUCCCCCGCCGCCACAACCUCUCAUAUGUGUGCAUGUGUGCUGUCUUGCCCUUCUGCCUUCCUCCAUGGAAUGAUACAGCAAGAUGCCAGCCCCUUGACCUUGUACUUCCCAGCCUCCAGAACUCUAAGGAAUAAACCUGUUCUUUAUAAAUUA